AUGCCGACUAUAUCGAAUAGUUCAGUACGUAGUGACUUGCCCACCAGAGAGAGACUCACUGCUGUUAGCAAUGAGUUAGCUACAUCCACAUCUAAAACUGGCUCUUCCUCAGAUGUUGAAAGGUUUUCUGCUUUUGGUAAAACAUCAACUACAGCAUCUCAAAGUAAACGAACCUCUGUAGUCUCAAGAUCUGAUACAAAAGGAUUCACUGAUGUUUCUGAAGUAGACAGACUUUCUGAUGAGGAACAAGAUCAACUUUUGCCCUUACCGCAAGGAUGGCCAAGGCUGCAAGACCAAAUCUUUCGCCGACGAGCUCUUAGUUUUAAGAAACCUGUUUCUACAAGUAUCGAUCAUGCUAUAUCACACAUACAGAAGCUCCAGGAUCGACUUGAGGAAUGGGCCAGAGAUGUUGAGUUUGAAAUAAUGAGUCGGAAGACCAAUAGUAGUUGUGCUACAAGUGUUUGCUGCAGUAAUAGAGAUUCAGCUACGUCGGCAAGAGAACGUACUGUGACUGAUACUAGAGGUUCUGACCGUAGACAUAUUAGAUUUGCACCAACAUCAGCAGCAAGUGUAGAAGCAAGUGAGUCUACUUUGGAAAGCAGGCAGAGUGAAAAUGUAACUGAUUUAUCUAUACAGGGUAUUGGUGCCAUCAUGCCUCCAGGGUUGGAAAUGGAGAUAGAGGCAGAGAUUCCAACACUUGGAGCUGAAGAAGUCAUUGAUGAGACGGUUACAUUGUUAGGGCGACUGGAGACUGAUAGAAGAGAUACUGCUGACAGGUUGGAAGAAGAAAAGAAAAGAAGUGAUAUGCUGCGAGCUAGAAUUGAUAAAUUGGCUGAAAAGAGAAUGUAUGAACUUCCUUUAGCUGUACAACAUGAGCAUGAAGCAUGUGCAUUGGACAUCAGUGAGUUACAAUGGCAUGUUGCAUACAGAGGUCGACAGGAAGCUAGAAUUAGGAGCAAAGUUGACAUUGCUGAAGUUCUCAAUUCUAGACUUCUUGAAGACAUCAACUUUGUUAAAACACAUUCACCAUUGGUUGAAGAAAAAUUAGAACUUGAAUUGGAAGCUAUGCAUAAAAUUCAGGAUGCUCAAAUGCAGACUAAUGAUGAACUCGCAAAAACAGUGGAGAAAUUAAAACAAACUGAGUCUAAAUCAGAAGAGGCUCAUGGAAAGGCUGAAAUGGAACGAGCACACAUCAAGAAAGAACUUGAUACUGUGCGACAAGCAUUGCAUGAAAUAAGUACUGAGUUAGAUGAAGCAAGGAAGACAUUUACAUCCUAUACACAACAAUGUGAUGAUUCAAGACGAAAGUUACAAGACAAUGUACAAGAGCAAAUUGUACUAGAAACCAAAAAUGAGAAUGCACGGGCUGCUGAGAAAAUGCAAGGCAAGAAAGUGAAGCAAGUGAAAGAAAAAAUAGUAGAAGCUGAGUUUGAACAUAGGAAGUUAAAAGAUGAGAAUACUAAGAUGGCAUCAGAUAAAGACAGUAGGUCAACAAUAUUGAAAAAAGAAGACAAUGAAAUGGAGUAUGAAGCUCAGUCUAAGUUAUCUACUUUGAGGGAAACACAACACAAGAAUAAAGAGAUGAAAAUGGAGAUUGAAGAUAUUGGUGAAAAAUUGGCAGCUUGGUGA